CAUUUUGCCACAUGCGGCUGUUACAGGCCGAGUAACGCGGAGCGGAGCAUGCCGGGAGCUGUAGUCCCCGAGGGAGACUCUUGGUUAUCACGUGACACUGGGGGGUUUCUGCGGCUGCAGGAGGUGACGGAGUACGGAAUGCAGAGAGGGUCAAAGUGCGAAGCAGCUCAAAACAAACAGCGCGGGAAGUAGGAGAUACUCAACACUACCAUAGGAAAAUAUGUCACCUUGGGUGAUUUUCCUGUGGAUCCACAGAACAGAAUGAGGCUCCCAGUGACAUGAUGUUCACAGGCGUGGGGAAAGUUUCUGGACUCCGGUGAUGCUUUUUCUGCCUAGAGGAUUUUCAUUUAGUAAGCUCAGGUUUGCUACUCAACCUUGGAUUCGUUUCUGCUCUCGGGCAUCUGCCAAGAAGAUGUCGAGGGGCUUGAUCCAGAAGGUUUUGUGCGUUGCAGAAAAGAAUGAUGCAGCCAAGGGUAUUGCAGAUCUCAUGUCUAACAGUAGAAUGAGAAGGAGAGAAGGAUUUUCCAAGUUUAAUAAGAUCUAUGAAUAUGAGUAUCAUUUAUUUGGAAAGGAUGUAAGUGUUGUGAUGACCUCUGUGUCGGGACAUUUAUUGGCCCUGGAAUUUCAGAGUCACUUGAAAAAAUGGCAAAGCUGUAACCCGGUGUCCCUGUUUGAUGCAGAAGUUGAGAAGUAUUGCCCAGAGGAUUAUGUCAACAUAAAGAGGACUUUGGAGAGGGAAGUGCGGCAGUGCCAGGCGCUGAUUAUCUGGACUGAUUGUGAUCGAGAGGGUGAAAAUAUCGGCUUUGAGGUCAUCGAUGUUUGUAAAGCAGUGAAAUCAAGCCUGCAGGUUUUUAGGGCUCGUUUUUCAGAGAUCACCCCACGUUCUAUCCGCAUGGCUUGUGAGAACCUGACACAACCCGACCAGAACAUCAGCGACGCUGUCGAUGUGAGAAUGGAGCUUGAUCUGCGAAUAGGUGCUGCCUUCACUAGGUUUCAGACUCUACGUCUUCAGAAGGUCUUCCCAUCUGUGUUGUCCAACCAGCUGAUCAGCUAUGGCAGCUGCCAGUUCCCUACAUUAGGAUUUGUGGUUGAGAGAUUCAAAGCCAUUCAAGCCUUUGUUCCAGAGACUUUCUACAAAAUCAAAGUAACUCAUGAACACGAAGAUGGAACUGUGGACUUCAACUGGAAACGGAACCGUCUCUUUAACCACACCGCCUGCCUGGUUUUGUACCAGAUCUGCAUGGAGGAUCCAAUCGCAACGGUUGUUGAAGUGGGAAGCAAGCCUAAAAGCAAAUGGAGACCCGUGGCUCUUGAUACCGUGGAGCUGGAAAAACUGGCUUCUCGCAAACUGAAAAUUGGCGCCAAGGAAACCAUGAAAAUUGCUGAGAAGUUGUAUACCCAAGGGUACAUCAGCUACCCCCGCACUGAGACCAAUAUUUUCCCCAAAGAUUUAAACUUGACACCAUUGGUUGAGCAACAAACGCAAGACCGUCACUGGGGUAACUUUGCACAGCGGAUUUUGGAAAGGGGUGGGCCAACCCCUCGAAAUGGCUCCAAAUCAGAUCAGGCCCACCCUCCCAUUCACCCCACUAAAUAUGCCGGCAACUUGCAGGGCAAUGAGCAGCGCAUCUAUGAAUUUAUUGUCCGUCAUUUCUUGGCCUGUUGCUCCCAGGAUGCUCAGGGGCAGGAAACCAGUGUGGAGAUUGAAAUUGCUGCUGAGCGGUUUGUGGCUCAUGGGCUGAUGAUCAUCGCCAGAAACUAUCUGGACGUUUAUCCAUAUGACAAAUGGAACACAAAGAUUAUUCCUGUAUAUGAAAUGGGCGCCAGAUUUCAGCCCACCACAGUGGAGAUGGUAGAUGGGGAGACUAGCCCACCCCAACUACUAACUGAAGCAGAUCUCAUUUCUCUUAUGGAGAAACAUGGAAUAGGUACUGAUGCUACACAUGCAGAGCACAUUGAGACCAUUAAAUCACGCAUGUAUGUGGGUCUCACGGCAGAACAGAGAUUUCUCCCUGGAGAGCUGGGGAUGGGGCUGGUGGAAGGAUACGAUUCCAUGGGCUUCGAGAUGUCCAAACCAGAUCUUCGUGCUGAGCUGGAGUCUGAUCUGAAGUUGGUCAGCGAAGGGAAGAAGGACAAAUUCCUGGUUCUAAGACAGCAAGUCCAGAAGUAUAAGCAAGUCUUCAUAGAUGCAGUAGAGAAAGCCACCAAGCUGGACGAGGCUUUGUCGCAGUACUUUGGGCAAGCAGCGCAGUCUGUCCCGCAGCAUGAGAUCUACACGGAGACACCCCUUCCUGUACGGAAAUGCCCACAGUGCAACAGGGACAUGGUACUGAAGACAAAAAGAGAUGGAGGUUUCUAUCUGUCUUGUGUGGGGUACCCAGGCUGCAAAUCGUCCGUGUGGUUUCCCAGCUCAGUCCUUGAAGUCUCUCGAGAUGUCAGUAUCUGCACAACAUGCGGGCCCCAUCCAGUCCACAGGCUAAAGAUGAAAUUUAAACGGGGCAGCAUUCCACCUCUCAUGCCCCUGGAGUUUGUGGGGUGCAUUGGUGGAUGUGACGAGACCCUUCGAGAGAUUCUGGACCUUAAAUAUCUACAUGGUGGGAACAGAGCCCCCACUGCUGCUCCUCGUGAUGGGAAUCAACUUCAGGUGAACCAGAGCCGCAACCACACGUCAAACCGAGGCGAACCAGGCCGCCAGCCACCAGCCAAAAAGGACAAACAACCUGCACUGGUGAUGCCUGCUGUCCCUAGAGGCCCUCUGGCCAACACCACCAACAGUGACCGUAAUGAAGUAGUCUGUAAUUGUGGUGUGAGUGCAGUGCAACUAACUGUGCGUAAAGAGGGACCCAAUCAGGGCCGGCCCUUCUACAAGUGCAAUGGGGGUGCAUGCAACUUCUUUCUGUGGGCGGAUCAAGAAGGUGGAGCCAGCACGACUACACCACCUUCACAGUCCUCUACAACACGCCCCUCAAGCGCAUUCACCAAUCCAAGGCAGCCCCAAGACAGCUUCAGGUCCAGAGGGGGAAGUGAAGACUCGGGAGCUGGGGUAGAGGCUGUGUGUAACUGCAACCAGCCAGCAAUAACCCGUACAGUUCAGAAAGAUGGUGUGAACAAAGGCCGACAGUUCCACACCUGCGCUAAGCCCAGAGAACAGCAGUGUGGCUUUUUCCAGUGGGCAGAUGAGAAUGUCCCUCCAGGCUCUUCAACCAACUUCUCAAGCUCGUUUGGAGGGGGAUCAAGUGUGCGAGGUUCUGGAGCUAAAAACAAGCGCUCAGAUUAUGGUUCAGAAAGAGGGCCUACAGCAAAGAAGCCACGGACAUGUGGUAUCUGCCAUCAGCCAGGACACAACCGUACAAACUGCCCCCAGAACCGAUGA